CAUAAGCAUACCCUACAAUCGUACAGCUUACUCUCUGCUUGGCUGAAAUUCGCAACAUCUUAUGUCAGUACUCCUGUUCCUGAUUUUUUUUUUUAUUUUACAUGAUAACUUAAAUAAACAAAGACAUACUCAGCCUAGCUCUACACUCCUUUCUCUUUGCAGACCUAUUAUCUCUAUAGAUACAAUCUUGUGGUUUCCCAUACCAUUUAUCGAAUAUAUGUUGACGAUUGGGAUUGCUUCCAAAUGGAUACUCCACCCAUUGUCCUUAUCACUCAUCCUAGCUUCUUACUAGCAGACAACUUGCAAUCAUAUAUACUUACAAAAUGCAUCUAUACUUGUUCACCAUGUUUGAUUCAAAUAGUAGAAUACUGGUCCGAGAUCAAAACUUCUUUCCAUAAUGACAAGCUCAAAAAAAAAGAAAGGAUUAAUAAUUAGAUAACUAAUGCUGCUAAAAUAAUU